AUGGCCAACGACGGUGCAAUUAAGUCCGUGCACUGUUCCUGGAGUCAAUUUGGGCAUAUGCCGCGAGCAUUAGAGAUAUACCAAAGGGAUGGGGGAGAAUCUCUGAACCCAGAAGUUAAACCGAUGAUCGUUCUAUUCUGCAAACUAGGCAAACAAGCACAGACGCAUUGGCGCGGUCGAAAGAUUAUAGAGAACUCAGACGCCAUAGACUAUAUCAUCGAGUAUCAGGGGGUUAUCUUCGGGACUGCGACGGGCGGUAGGCACAUGGUCUUAGCUAUCGCCCUAGUUAGGGGGGAAAGUGUGCCAGUGGUUUUCCCGAGUAUCGAUACAUACAGGAUUUAUAGAGCAGAUAUUGACCUCUCGCCCGAAGAGCGGGAGCAUCUUGCAAAAUAUUCGGCAAUCGAGGCGUCGAAAUUUGCCCUUAACUGCGAUUCUUCCAGUAGUACUCUUGUCUCCUUUCCCCACCCUCCGUGA